AUGAAUGUGUUUUUCUUGUCUGAUUAUUUUGGUACAACUCAUGUUUGGUGGGGAGUCAGUUCAUGUACAGAUAUGGUACAUGUUACAGGUGAUUUUCUCGUCAAUCAAACAAAGAAACGUACAUUGUUUAAUAUUAAAUGUUAUGAUGGCAAAAUUAUUAAAAAUCAUUCAGCAUAUCCAAAUGAAAGCGAAACAAUUCUACCACCAGGAGCAUAUUUAAAAGUUAAAUCAUCAUUAGAUUUUACGGAAAACCUUUGUAUUGUUGAUAUAGAACAAAUACCACCAGCACCAGAAGAAGUUGCUCACAGUGCAGGUGAUGCUGACACACCUGGUACAUUAUCAUAUAGCAAUUCUUCUCAAAUUAGCGAUGUUCAUAUCCUAUGGCUUGAUCCAAACGUUAAUAAAUCACAAGAAAAUGUUAAAACGCAAGAAAAAUUAAAAGAAUUGUAUCCUAGUUAUUACAAAUCGUUUGAAAAAUAUGAUGAGUUGGAAAAGUUCAUUGAGCAGAAGCAAAGUUGUGGUGUGGUAUUGGUUACCGGUGGACAAAUUGGAAGCCAAAUUGUACCGAAAAUACAUGAUUUAUUACAAUCAAUAUCUCUAAUUGUCUAUUGUAUGGAUAAAGAAAAAAAUGAAAAAUGGUCAAGAAAUUAUACGAAAGUGAAAGCAGUUGUUAAUCGUUCGGAUGAUAUGAUUAAGCAAGUGAAAAAAGAGUAUGCACAGCUAGUAGAAGAGCAAAAACAACAACAACAAGUGACAGAAUCAAAAAGUAGUAGAUUUAGCGACUUUCAGCAAGAAGCAGCCAAACUUUUGACACCGCUGACAGGUUAUCAAAACCAACCACUUGUAUCACUUGAAGAGUCACUAGCGCCAGUCAUGGAUAUAAUAUCCGAUUUACCCAAGUAUAUAUGGAAAGCAAAGUACAAUUGCACACCUCCGGCGGAUGGUUUGACACCGGAUGAAUCUGCGUCCAUACGGAUUUACUCAAUGGAAUUUAAUGCACCCGAAGGUAGUCUUUAUUCUUUAUUAAAUCAAGAUUUACGUUCAGCAUCACGACAUGCAAUAAAAAAAUGGUUUCUCUAUCUAAAAUUAUUCUUCCAUGCCUUAUUUAAAUUACCAUCAAUUGAAGGCACUGUUUGGCGUGCUUUACCCGGAAAUGCAAGUAUCGACUAUGAAAUUGGUAAACAAUUUAUAUGGUGGGGUGUUUCAUCAACGGCACGGAACAUGUCGAUUCUAAAUGGGUACAUUAAUAGUAAACAUGGUCAAAACACAUUAUUUUGUAUUCAAUGUAAAAACGGUAAAAGUAUAAGAAACCAUUCAUAUUUUACCGAGGUAGAUGAAAUAUUGUUAAUGCCUGGUACUAAUCUUGAAGUAAUGGGCCAAUUAGAACCUGCUGAAGGACUACGUAUAAUUAAUCUUAAAGAACUUGAUCGACCGCUUUUUUUCCAAUAA